AUGGCCAUCUUCCGCACCGAGACCGAUGGCGCCAGCCUCUUCUACCGUUAUUACAUCCCCUCCUCCACCCCCCACCGGCCCGCAGCCACCAUCGCGCAGCAGCCGCUGACGCUGGUCUUCCUCCACGGCUGGCCCAUGUCCUCGCGCAUGUUCGACCAGCUGAUCGUGCCGCUCGUCGAGACGCACCGCUUCCCCGUCAUUGCCCCGGACCGCCGCGGCUUCGGCAACAGCGACUGGACGACGCCCACGACAGGCGAGGUCACCUUUGAGACCUUUGUCCGGGACGCCGUCGCUCUGCUCGAGAAUGUCAUGAAGCCGAACCCGGGCCCGUUCGUCUUUGUGGCAGCUAGCAUGGGCAGCGUCGAGUCCGUCCUGGCGCGCGCCGCGAGCGGGUUCUUGCGCGAGCACUGCAAGGGCUUCGUGUGGUUGGGGCCCAACAUGCCCUGCCCGGUUAGCUGCGAGGAGUCCCCCGGUGCACCAGGCCCCGAGGUCUGGGAUGGGCUCAUUCAGGGUUUGCGAGGGCCUGCCGCCAAGGACUUUAUUGCCCAGUCGGUGCCGGGCCUGUUCCGCAACGACUUGGGGAACCAGGUCAGCCAAGACGCGAUGCAGUUCUUUGAGAGGCUCAUCCUCGAGGCCGAUCCCGUGGCCGUCGAGCGGACGGCGGUGAUCUUACAGAGAUCGAUGAUAGAGGAGCUCAAGGAGUGGGCCGCGGCUGGUGCUGCCGAUGAGAGGGAGAGGUUGGGAGUUUUAAUACUCCAUGGGGACUCGGACACGGGCAUGCCGGUUGAGGCGAGCUCCGCUUUGAUUCACAAAAUUCUACCGUGGUCUCAACUCAAGGUGUACGAAAACGCGGGGCAUGGGAUCUACUUGACACAUGCGCAGCAGGUACUGGACGAUAUACUGGCCUUUCUUCAACCGAUCAUUUCUCAGCAACAACUUUAA